CAUCAUCUGCGCAUGUCCAAAGGUGUGCGUCCAUGUUUGAAAGCAAAGGAAGAAAUUUUAGUUAUGUGCUGAGCAGGACACACUGUUUACAAUGAGGAUUCUACUGCUGUUGGUGGUGUUACCGGCCGUUUUUUGUGUCGACCCUGAAGUAAUCAUUAAGGACACAAACCCAGGAACAAAGAUGUUACCUGGUGGUACCAAACAGAUCGUCAUCAACAAGAACAAAGACGCCUACUUAACGUGUGUCGUCCACAACAAACAGGCCGACACUGAGGUCGAGUGGAGACUGGUUUCCCAAGGAUUCUCCUUCACGAUAUCUGUCGGACAAGAUUCCAAGGAUCCUUUCCGUUACCAGGUCGACCAGCCGUCAGCCAUUUCCUGGCGUCUGAAAGUCCAGAAUGUACAAGUUUGGGCGUCUGAUUCGCGCUACGUCUGUCAGGUCCUCAUUGGUGACAAGAAGUACGCUAAGGACGAGCGUACCAUCAGGGUCGUCGAUCCUCCUAAGAUCCUCGAUCUACUGACGGACAGUGAUAUGACGGUCGAGGAAGGUAAUCCUCUUGCCCUCCGUUGUAACGCUACAGGUGUGCCAUUCCCGAAGGUCAAGUGGCAGAGGCUUGCUGGAGGACUCCUACCCAGUGGUGGGGCAGAACACGCUGAUUUUACCAUGAACAUGGGAAUCGCAACUCCGAGUCACCGUGGAGCCUACAAGUGUUCGGCUCAGAAUGAUGCGGGGAAGGAUGAGCGUAUCGUUGUAAUUAACAUCAUUUUCAAGCCCCGAGUACAACAGCGACAUCGCAUCGUGUCUCAGGCUGUUGGUUACCGUACCGACCUCGAGUGUACGGCAGCAGGGUACCCCAUACCGGAGGAAAGUCAGUUUAUCUGGACCAAGUUAGGCAAGCCAGUGACUGGCAGCAAUUACAAGGUGACCUAUAUCCAGGGUGCCUCUAACAACGUCUUCAGCAAACUGACCAUCUUCAAUGUCCAGCUCUCAGAUUUCGGCCUCUACAGCUGUACCGCCUCCAACGUUAAAGGCGACUCUGUUCCCGCCCAGAUAGAAUUAAAACAAUCCAACACACCCACUCCUGACAGUACAGGACAGAUCCGUAGUGGUGCCGGGGUUCUCAGUUUCAGCCUUACAACCAUCCUCACUUUGUUACUGGUGUGUCUUCUACAGAAAAUGUAAAACAUUCAUAGUCAACUACCCGAGACAAGACAUGCCCAUAACAUUCCUAGACUCCUGGUAUGUCCUAUUAUCACAUCCAGGACUCAUUACUUGGAGACUCAUCAGUAAGUCGGAGAGACUCAUUGGUAACUCGGAGACUCAUUGGUAACUCGGAGACUCCACUUCUGUCCCCAUUGUGUACCAGGAUGUUUACCGAUGUUUUGGGGGUUGAUACUGCAGUUUUACAUGGACAAUAGAUACCUACAGGACAAUAGAUACCUACAGGACAAUAGAUACCUACAGGAGAAUAGACACCUACAGGACAAUAGAUACCUACAGGACAAUAGAUACCUACAGGAGAAUAGACACCUACAGGACAAUAGAUACCUACAGGACAAUAGAUAUCUACAGGACAAUAGACACCUACAGGACAAUAGAUACCUACAGGACAAUAGACACCUACAGAACAAUAGAUACCUACAGGACAAUAGAUACCUACAGGACAAUAGAUACCUACAGGACAAUAGAUACCUACAGGAGAAUAGACACCUACAGGACAAUAGAUACCUACAGGACAAUAGAUAUCUACAGGACAAUAGACACCUACAGGACAAUAGAUACCUACAGGACAAUAGACACCUACAGGACCAUAGAUACCUACAGGAGAAUAGACACCUACAGGACAAUAGAUACCUACAGGAGAAUAGACACCUACAGGACAAUAGAUACCUACAGAACAAUAGAUACCUACAGGACAAUAGAUACCUACAGGACAAUAGAUACCUACAGGACAAUAGAUACCUACAGGACAAUAGAUACCUACAGGACAAUAGAUACCUACAGGACAAUAGACACCUACAGGACAAUAGAUACCUACAGGACAAUAGACACCUACAGGACAAUAGAUACCUACAGGACAAUAGACACCUACAGGACAAUAGAUACCUACAGGACAAUAGAUACCUACAGGACAAUAGACACCUACAGAACAAUAGAUACCUACAGGACAAUAGAUACCUACAGGACAAUAGAUACCUACAGGACAAUAGAUACCUACAGGAGAAUAGACACCUACAGGACAAUAGAUACCUACAGGACAAUAGAUACCUAAAGGACAAUAGAUACCUACAGGACAAUAGACACCUACAGGACAAUAGACACCUACAGGACAAUCUACAUCUACAGGACAAUAGAUACCUACAGGACAAUAGACACCUACAGGACAAUAGAUACCUACAGGACAAUAGACACCUACAGGACAAUAGAUACCUACAGGACAAUAGACACCUACAGGACAAUAGACACCUACAGGACAAUAGACACUUACAGGACAAUAGAUACUUACAGGACAAUAGAUACCUACAGGACAAUAGACACCUACAGGACAAUAGACACCUACAGGACAAUAGAUACCUACAGGACAAUAGAUACCUACAGGACAAUAAUACUAUAAUGUCUGAUCUGGCUCAAACAUGGAAAAGUCGCCGUAUGAAGAAAUUAGUAUUUUUGCUAUCCAGAGAUUUUUAUAGCAAUAUUUAGUUAAUGAAUAUUUCUUCAUUUCCCAUCAUUACAUACUUUUUGUAUAUAAAAAACAAUGUAAAUUUGAGUAUGAUGGUGAUUACUGUGACAUCAUUAAACUGUGUAAGACUGGUGAUAUGAAGAUAUAGCAUGAAGAGAAUUUUACCUGAUGGUGUGGAACUCGGAGAAGAUCUGAAUCUUUGACGAGGAAUUCUACAGAUGUGGAUAUCAAAAAGGUAUCAACAUAAGAAUGAAACAGUUCUUCAGGGUUGAGAAACUUCUUUAACAAUGUUUUAGUAUACAAAAUUAUUAGGUGAUUUAAUUUGUUUUAAAAAACUAUUUCAUAUUCAUAUGACCAGGUAAAUGUGUGUGACCUAAUUAGGUCACAGAAAUCAAAUUUUAAAUAAUCAAGGUAAAUAUCAUACAUUUUUUUUAAUACGUUAUUCAUUCACCGGAGUAGAGAAGUCCUGUUUUAUAUAGCCAUAUGUACAUACACACAUAUUCAGUCAGCUGUUUGUCAUCAAGUGUUGUGAAUAUUAUCAUUUGUAUAUUUUGUAAAAAACAAAUAAUAUUUUUCUAGGUAAUAUAAUCAUGUUUUGUAUAUAAUAAUGAUAUUGAUGUCAUCCUUCCAAACUUCAUGCCCGACAAAUUAUUUCCGGUUUGAUAUUUCACUUUCACGAUUGAAUUUUUAUUGAAUUUAAAUAUACAUUAUUGUAUGUAUAUCUGAGGAGACAUCAAAUUCAUCAAUACACUUUUUACUCCGAAUUUAAGUAGAAAUUAUGAAGUUACGACACGUUUAGUACAAGAUUAUGUGGUUUUGUAUGUGAUAAUAGUGAUAUGGGUCAUAAUAUAUAAGUCAUAACAUUUAAAAAAAAAAAAAUCAAUUUCUUUGCAAUAAACAAUGAAUCCAUUAUGACUGUGUUUGGAAGAUGACUGAGACUUGUACUUGGAAGACUGACUUCUGUAUAUAAUCAUUUGUACAUUUUAACAUUUGAAAGCAUCAAUUUUGUAUGUCAACAUUUUAACAAAAUUUCAUUUUUUAACAAUAAUCAUUUUUAUAUUGACAAGGUACUGUGUAGCGUUAUAGCUGUGUAUCUCAUCAUUAACCGGGACCAAUGCCUUUGUACUGUUAAACGUCUUCCCUCCCCAAUAGUGUGGAUUUCAUUCGACAAAAUUAUUAACAUUGGUUUUGAAAUCUUACCAAAUUAUGAUUAAAGCUUGUUUGAAACAAGAAUUUUUAUUGGCUUGAAAAUUAAGAUAAUUUCUAAGAGAAAAUAUUUCGUCUAUAAAACAAAUGUUCACAAGGAAUGUGUCAAUUAGAUUGUUCUAAUCAAUUUGAAUAUAUUUUGAAAAUAAAUCGGACUUGCUUAAAAUGCCCAUUUUUUUUAGGGAAAUAAAAGUUGUAUUUAUUACCGUUAAUAGGUUAUUUCAAUGCAUCAAAAUUUCUAAAAUAUUAUUUCUAUGCAUUUUGCUCUGUAACCAUGGAAACAGGUAAAUUUAUCCGGAAUGGUAUGUAAUAUAAUUAUAUUUUACUUUCAGAUCGUAGUAAGAUUUGUAAGACAGAAUGAUGAAUCAAUAAAUAAAAAAUUGACAAUUAUUA